AUGUCGGAACUCAAGAUCGCACGAAUAGAUGUGUUUCAAGUCGAUCUCCCCUACUCGGGCGGCGUCUAUCAUCUAUCCGGUGGACGAACCUAUAAAGAUUUCGACGGCACUAUUGUUCGGAUCACCACUCAGAGCGGCAUUGAAGGCUUCGGCGAAAGUACACCUUUCGGUGCUACAUUCAUUGCUUCCCAUGCUCUUGGUGUUAGAGCGGGGAUCGCAGAAAUCGCUCCUCAUCUAAUUGGACUUGAUCCCCGCGACGUUGACCGUAUCAAUGACGCUAUGGAUGCCGCAUUGAUCGGCCAUUUGCACGCCAAGACCGCCAUUGACGUUGCAUGCUGGGAUAUCUUUGGCAAGUCAGUCGGCCUCCCGGUCUACCAGCUGCUCGGCGGAAGUACAGGCCUGAAACUCCCACUGGUUACUUCUCUCCCUGUUGCCGACGCAGAAAAUACCCGCAGACUUGUUGCUGAAGCUCGGGCGGCGGGUUAUACUGGAUUUUCAGUCAAGAUAGGAGAGAACCCUGUAUCCGAUGCUGCACGCGUUGUUGCGGCACUUGCCGAAAAGAAGGAGAACGAGUUCUAUUCUAUCGACGCGAAUAGUUCGAUGACCGUGGAGUCCACCCUGCGAAUGCUACGAUUGCUCCCCGAUGGGUUGGAUUUUAUCCUAGAAGCCCCCUGUCCGACACAUCGAGACAUUGUAUCUCUUCGACGUCGAACCAAUGUGCCAAUCCUCACAGAUGAGCUUCUCACAGAUGAGCAAUCGGCCAUACAGCUUGUCGCCGACGACGCUACGGAAGGUCUGAACUUGAAGAUUUGUAAAGUUGGCGGUCUUACCCGGGCCCGCCGUAUCCGCGAUAUCGCUGUGGCUGCCGGAUACACUAUUGUAACUCAGGAGACGUGCGGUUCGGAUAUUGCCUUCGCUGCUAUUGUUCACCUGGCCCAAACUAUCCCAGAGCGCAACCUACGACCAAUUCUAGAGUGCCGCGCAAUGCAUAUUCCCAAGACCGCGGAUGGCGAGUACGAGGUUCAUGGAGGAUAUGUUAGGGCACCAAACGCACCUGGCUUGGGCAUCACCCCUCGUUUGGAUGUUUUGGGCGAGGCAGUAGCUUCCUACCUGUAG